AUGGACUUUCGUGAACGGCGGCUGGGCAUAGAUAUUGCCGAGCGUAACAUCGAGAGUGGAGCGGCCACAUUGGGCAAAAGACGGCCGUGUGCCAUGGCGCACGGGGGAGAGGGUUUCGGCAAGGUCGGCGCCGACGGAGAGGGGAUUAGCACAGAACAACCAGAACCAGCGGUAUCGCGCCAGGAUGACGAUAGCGCGGAACAACCGAAGCUUGACAGAACGUCCAGCGGCGCGAGCGUCGAUAGCAACAGCAGCAGAAGCAGCCAUGGCGGGAGCAGUCUGGUGGUGAUAUCGUUCUACAAGUUCGCGCAGCUAGACGAUUGCGCCGCGCUCAAGCGCCCGCUCGAGCAGGUGUGCCGCCAGCACCGCGUGUCGGGCGGCGUGAUCGUCGCGCGCGAAGGCAUCAACGGCAGCAUCUGCGGCACGCCCGACGCCGCAGCCGCCGUCAUUGACUGGCUGCGCGCCGAUGCGCGACUGGCGGGGCUGCGCACCACCGUGCAGCCCGCGGGCGCGGAGGAGAGGGAGGCGCACUGCGCAGCGGAGGCGAUGGAGGCAGAGGAGCUAGAGGGAGGGGGAUCGGAGGCGGAAGCGGUGGACGGGCAGUCGGAGUGUUCCCCGCUGGCGGCGGGGCGAGACGCGCCGUUCCGAUGGAACCACGUGCGCGUCAAAGUGAAGCAGGAGAUAGUGACGUUGGGGAUGCCGGAGGUGAACCCGGCGGACGGCGUGGGCACGUACGUGAGUGCGCGCGAGUGGAACGACCUCAUCUCCGACCCCACCACUGUGGUCGUGGAUGUGCGCAACGACUACGAGACGCGAAUAGGCGCCUUCCACCGCGCCAUCGACCCCAACACACGCUCCUUCCGCCAGUUCCCCGUCUGGGUUCACAACCACCUCCCCCUCCCGCCCUCAUCCCCCAACUCCCCCGUGCCCGACUCCCCACCUUCCGCCUCCACCACUCCCCCUAACGUAGCAUCUCCCCCCGAGUCUCCCCUCGCGUCCCCCUCUGCCUCCCCCGCAUCGCCCGACUCUCUCCCCCGCGUGGCAAUGUACUGCACAGGGGGCAUCCGCUGUGAGAAGGCCACCGCCUACAUGCUGCACCUCGGCUUCCCCCAGGUGCGCCCCCCCACGCUUCCCCCCCCCAAACCCGCCACCCCCUUCCUCGCUGCGUGCCAUCCGCCCUUCCCUCGGAGCCUGCCUUCUGUCCCGCCUCGCCAAGCACUCAUUCAAGCUGGUCCACAUCGCUCAAAUCCCCCCACCUGCCCCGUUCCUCUUCCCGCGCCCCCCACCCCCUCUUCCCCCCCCCCCACUCCACUCCCCCCUCCUCCCCCCUCCUCCCCCCAGGAGCGGGUGUUUCACCUGGACGGGGGCAUACUGCGCUACCUAGCAGAAGUGCCCCCCGAGGACAGCCUGUGGCGCGGCGAAUGCUUCGUGUUUGACAAGCGCGUGGCGGUGGGCCACGGCAUGCACCCCACCACCACCUACUCCCUCUGCUACGCCUGCCAGCAGCCUGUGGAUGAGGCAGACCGCCAGUCCCCGCUGUGGGAGGCGGGAGUGUCGUGCCCGCACUGCCAUGGGAGUAAGAGUGAGGACGAGAAGGAGCGCGCGCGGGCUAGGCAGCGGCAGUUCGAGCGGUGGGGGGCGGUGGGCGGGCCGGGUGGGGAGAAGGCGGAGAGGGCUGCUGAGAGGAUGAGGCGACGGGCUGAGAGGCGGAAGGGUGGGGUGAGUGCCGUGUGGGAAAAGGAGGAUGAGGCGAGUGAGGGGCGCUCACAAGCUGAGCAGCGCCAACUUACGUAG